GCAAAUUCUCUCUUUAUCAUACUAAAAGUCUUUUCAAAGGUGAACAACCCUUUUAACAGUCUAUCUUAUUGCCUGUCCUUAUCCUGUCAGUUCACUUAUUUGUUGUUUAUGUAUCCUUUUUUUUUAUAUUUUGGUCUGGCAGAUCCCCUUGACGACUCGUAUAUUCUUAUGAUUCUUCAAAAUUUUACUCCAUAUUGUUGUUCUGCAUUAUUUGUUAAUAUUAACCCUUUACCUGCUGGUAUUUUGCUGGGUUAAACAUACUUCAAAUCCAUGUUGCCAGGCAACAUACUCUUCCUAGCGCAUGCCCUUAAAUCUGAAAGCAUAUGUGCUAUGUAAUUGGCAAAGUGACACUUAAGGGCUAGUCCACACGAGAAGAUUCGCCCGCGACAAGUCGCCGCGGGUAGAAAAGCAAGAGUAGCGGCGACAAAGCGCAGGGAAAAACAGGCAUGUAAAAUACGAAGCGAUUUGGCUCACGCGCGACUAUGUUUCCCAUGGUGCAUCUCAGUACUUCCGCCCAAACUGUAUUAUGGGUAGAGGACGGAAGUACCAACAGUAGUGUUGUUGUUGUUGCCGGCGUGUUUACUUCGGCGUGUUUUCGCAGCGUCUUUUGAGAAUGGAAGCAGAUUUGGCUGCUGUUUUUUUUUUGGUUUACUUAUAUUUCUAUUUGCUAGAGAAAGAUAAACAGGAAAGGGCUGCUGCUAGAAAAUAUUGGGUUCAUCCCUUAACUGAUCAGCGGCUAAGGAAUGGACAAUUUCAUGUUUUAUAUGGUGAACUUCGCAACUAUCCUGAUAAAUUCUUCAAGUAUUUCAGAAUGUCAAUUGCAAGUUUUGAUGAACUUCUCAUCAUUGUAAAACCAGGACUGUGUCAUGCCCAAAGUUUGAUGAGGGUUCCAAUCUCACCAGAGGAGCGGCUGUGUGUGACACUAAGGUUUUUAGCGACUGGACAGUCAUUUGCUUCUUUGUACUUUCAAUUCCUAAUUGGUCGAAGCACUAUAAGCAACAUUGUAAGAGAAACAUGUCAGAUUAUUUGGACUGAGCUGCAAAGAAUUGUCAUGCCGCCCCCAAAUGAAAAUGCUUGGCGUACCAUUGCUGAAGAUUUUUACAAACACACCAAUUUUCCUAAUUGCUUGGGGGCCUUGGAUGGAAAGCACAUCAGAGUUACAAUGCCAUUCAAAAGUGGAUCAAAGUACUUUAAUUACAAAAAAUACUUUUCAGUUGUCCUUCUGGCUAGUGUUGAUGCCAAUUAUUGCUUCACUAUCAUUGAUGUGGGAUCCUAUGGAAGCACUGGUGAUGCCAGUGCUUUCCGUCAUUCGGCAUUGGGACGCAGAUUAUCAGAAGGGUCACUUGGUAUACCUCUUCCUAGACCAUUGCCUGGGACCUCGGCACCUUCCUUGCCUUAUGUUUUUGUGGGAGAUGAAGCCUUUGGUCUCACAGAAAAUAUAAUGCGGCCUUACCCAGGGUCACAGAGGGCAAUAGAGAAACGUGUUUUUAAUUACCGUUUAUCAAGAGCACGACGUAUGGUAGAGUGUGCUUUCGGCAUUCUCUCAAACAAAUGGCGUGUGUUCCAUACAAGUAUACAAUUGGAACCCCAGUUUGUGGACAUUAUAAUAAAAGCAUGUUGUGUCCUACACAAUUUUGUUCGCCUUAGGGAUGGCUAUCACUUUCAAGACACCCUGACUGAUGAUAUCCCAGAUAUUGAUUGGGCCCCUGUUAGAGGUCCAACAGGAGGGAUGAGAGUUCGGGAUCAGUUUGCAAAUUAUUUCAUGUCUCCUGAUGGAGCUAUACCAUGGCAGCUGAACCGAAUUUAGUCUGCAUACAGUUGCAUACAGUUGCAUAGAUACAUAUAAUUAAAAUACUCAUUGUCUACAUUGUAUUAAUAAAAAACUGUUUAUUUCACAA